AUGUUAAGUACCUUUAGUUCAGUGACACCGUUUUUGAAAUUCAACCCGAAACGGGUAACUAUUGACAAUUUUGUCUUCAAAUUACAUUAUCGUUGGACCUUCGUUAUAUUGAUUGUGGCCACAAUAUUGGUGUGCUCACGUCAAUAUAUUGGUGAACACAUCAAGUGUAUAUCGGAUACCAUACCCGCACAUGUUGUCAAUACUUAUUGUUUCUUCACGCCAACAUUUACUUUGGUCCGCCAUUUAAAUAAUAGUGCAUUAGAAUCUGGUGCCAUAUUCCAGCCGGGUAUUGGACCCUAUGAAACGCAGGAGGAACCUAUAAAGCGUCAUGCCUACUACCAAUGGGUACCAUUUGUACUCUUCGGGCAAGCGUUGUUCUUUUAUAUUCCUCAUGCGUUAUGGAAAUCAUGGGAAGGUGGUCGCAUUAAGGCCCUCGUCUUCGGUUUACGCAUGGUUGGCCUCUCCAAAUAUUUGAAGAAUAAAAGUCUGCAAAUUGGUAAAUUGAAUAUUCCAUCGGAAGAGGAAACGGAAAUGCGUGUCAAAGAUAUACGUCGGACGAUGAUUGAUCGUAUGCGGCUGAAUCAAUCAUGGGGUGCUCAUUUGGUAUUUGCUGAAAUUCUCAACUUGCUGAAUUUGAUUUUACAAAUCUAUUGGACUGAUAAAUUCUUGGGUGGUGCCUUCCUAUCAUUGGGUCCCAAAGUAUGGCAUGAACGUUGGAACAAUGACAUGGAUGCGCUGGAUGUUGUUUUCCCCAAAGUGACCAAGUGUCAUUUCCAUAAAUAUGGUGCUAGUGGUUCGCUACAAAUGCACGAUACUCUCUGCGUAAUGGCUUUGAACAUCAUCAAUGAGAAGAUUUACACGAUUCUAUGGUUUUGGUAUCUUUUCAUUUUUGCUGCCACCGUUUCGGGACUGAUUUGGCGGAUUUUCACUUUGUUCUUUUAUAAGAGCACCAAAUUCACCCGUUAUUGCUUGUAUUGGGCCAAACCUGGCCGCCUGGACGAUAAGGAAAUUUCAUUGGUUGUACGCAAAUGCAACUUCUCAAAUUGGAUGUUUUUGUUCUUUUUGCGUAAAAACCUCUCCGAAUUUUUAUUCAAUAAAGUUAUAAGCCAUUUGUCGAGUGAAUUCCCUGAUGAACAACGUGAAAAUACUUUCAAUGCUGCCAUAGAUCCAACCCACAUGCAAACAAUGCGCAUCGAUGAGGUUGACAAGCCCUUGCUAACCAAGCCAAGCGGAAGUAAAAUGGAUUAA